CCUGCGCAAUUCAAUUCCUAAAUCAGUAAUUUUUAUGUGUAUUGAGUAACAUUUAGGCUGUUGGCUUGAUCCUUCUGACAAAGAUCACGAACAUCCUAUAUUGGAUGGAACAUCAGCAGAAGAUAUCACUGCCCAAGCAGCCGAUGACUACGACUCCAUUUAUGAAGAAUAUGUGAUGGGACCAAGACGCGGUCGAAAAAACGCAGCUAGAAUGAAUCGUAAUAAGUAUCAGCCGUUUGUUGUCAGAAGCUCUUCUAUGGUUUCUUUGCCUGAUGACGAACAACAUCAUGUGACGGUACCGGCAGUAACGAUGUCAUUCUUGCAAGAGAAUGAGCGGAAAACGGCACCUGUUGAUAGUUUUGGCUAUGGUCUGCCGGAAAUCGUGGGAACGAGCGAUGUUACGGUCCCGUUGAUUGUGGGGGAUCAAAGAGUAUGUUAUAUAUUUAGUUGA